UUGGAAGUAGCGGCAAAAAAAUUUCUCCGCAUUCCAUGUCUGCCCGGCCUGCACCUUGCCUGGGCUGCGCGCAAAAUGUAAAAACAAACAACUGGCCUUCAUUCCUGCCCAUUUCAUUUCUCCCUCCCAGCUCACUUUCACUGAUCGUCGAUCCAACCGCGAGCAACGCCAGACUAGGUAUUCUCCGGUGGUUCAGUUACGGGCGGAGCAGCCAAAGGGUUCACGAAACCCCUUCUUCUCCUCCACCAAAUUCCGAUACAAUAGCCUGCCGCCUAACUCCCAUCAUCUCUACCACGAGUCUGUCGAAGGAAUUUCAACCACGUUGUGGUACGCCGUCGAAGCUAAUUGCUUUAAUUCCCGCAUUUGUAUCUGCUUCGAGCUCCUGCCGCGAAGGGAGGGAAGAUGAACAAGUGAAGCCCCAGUUAUCACACCAAUAUCUGCAAUCGAAUUGA